AUGCUGGCCGCCGUGUCCUCCAUCCUCGUGAGCGCCACGGGCGCUGACGCUGCGGACCCGCUCUCCUACACCACAGGCAUUGCCAUCGGGAUCAUUGUCCUUGUCAACGCCGGCAUUGCGGCAUGGACUGAGCGCAAGGCAGGCGAUGCCCUCGAAGCGCUGUCCAAGAUGAUGCAAGCCAGCAUCUACGUGGUGCGCGAUGGGAACGAAGUUCAGGUCCCUGCGCGAAGUGUGGUUGUUGGGGACAUUGUCGUCCUCAGUACCGGCGACGUCGUGCCCGCAGAUCUGCGUCUCUUCGAGGCCCAGGACUUCAAAGUCAGCGAGAUGGCGCUCACAGGUGAACCCGAUGACGUUCCCAAGACCACCAAAGUCAGGGAGAAGAAGAUAGGUGCCCCUGAGAAGCUGACUCCCGAGACCAUGGCCUUCUCCGGUUGCAGCAUCACCAGUGGCCUUGGCCGUGGCCUGGUCACGGACACCGGCAUGAACACCCGCAUUGGUCGCAUUGCCCAGCUUAUCGCCGGGGAUGAUGGCCAGAAAACUAUCUGCUGCUGCUUCCCGGACACGUCUGGAAAUCAGACACCUCUGCAGCAAAAUCUGAACAUGCUAGGCGGCCGCAUCGGUAUCCUUGCCAUCAGCGUUUGCGUCUUUCUCUUCUUCAUCGGCUGGGUCACAGACCGCAAAGACCCCUCCAAUCCUGACAGUGAAACCUGGCUCUACAUGAUUCUGGUGUCCGUGACCCUGGCAGUGGCCGCCAUCCCGGAAGGCAUCCCGCUUUGCGUGACCAUCUCGCUGUCCAUGGCCUGCUCGGAUAUGAUCAAGCAGAAGGUGCUGGUACGAAAGCUUCCGGCCCUCGAGACUCUGGGCUCCGCCUCCGUCAUCUGCAGUGACAAGACCGGGACGCUCACAGAAGGCAAGAUGACAAUGGUUGCCAUGUACGCAGCCGGCAUCACCUACGAGGUGACCGGCAAGGGAUUCGACCCCGAGGUGGGCCAGGUGCAGCGGAGUGGCAGCCAUGAGGACAGUGGCACGGACAUGGGCGUGAAGAGCAGCCUUCUUGCGGCCGCCCUCUGCUGCGACACGACGCUGUGCAAAGAGCAAGGCGUGGAUGGGGUCAUGAAGUGGGUGCCGAAGGGCAACUCCACCGAAGCUCCCAUCCUCGUUGCCGCAAGGAAAGUCGGCCUCUCCGAAGCCAUGGUGCGUGAGUACCCCCGUGUGAUGGAAGUGCCCUUUUCUUCUUCUCGCAUGAUGAUGCUUACCGUGUCGCGAGUGAAGGGCACCGAACUCUGCCCUGGUGGCAUGCCGCUGCCGGCAGGAACGAACUACCUGGCAGUGUGCAAGGGCGCGCCCAACUACAUCAUCGAUCUGUGCUCUGAGCAGUUGAAGGAGGAUGGCAGUGCGGCUAAGCUGACUGAUGAUGAUAAGAGUGAGAUCUUGAAGGUUGUGGAUGGCCACUCUGCACGUGCACUUCGUGUUCUUGCAAUCGCAGCACGACCCAUGAGCUCCCUCCCCUAUGACGAGAGCAAGGAGGACAUCACCUCAGAUCAGAUGUUCGAAGCAUGCCGGCAAGAGCUGCGCUUCCUUGGGCUGGUUGCGUCCACCGAUCCUGCGAGAGAUGGUGUACCGGACUCUGUCCUUGCGGCUCGAGAAGCUGGGAUCAGUGUGGUCAUGGUCACCGGUGACUAUCUGCUGACGGCCGUUGCUAUUGCCCGGAGCAUGAACAUCCUCCAGCCCUGCGAUGAUCCCGACGUUUCGGCGGUGGACUGUGCCUGCCUCCGCCCUGAUGGUGAGUACCUGGAUGCGCAGGAGAUCGACAAGCUCACGGGCUCGGUCCGCGUCUUCGCACGUGCCAAGCCUGAGGACAAGCUUGAGAUCGUGAAGAGCCUUCAGCGGCAAGGUCAGGUGGCAGCAAUGACAGGGGAAGGUGUCAAUGAUGCCCCUGCUCUCAACCAGGCAGACAUCGGUGUAGCCCUGGGGAUCGACGGGACGGAGGCGGCUAAAGAAGCCUCUGACCUGAUUCUGACCGAUGAUAACUUCUGCUCAAUCCUGGCUGCAGUCCAGAAGGGCCGCGCCAUCUAUUCCGGCAUCCAGAAGUUCGUGGCUUUCAUCAUGUCGGUGCACAUUGCAGAGGUGAUGCAAAUCUUCGUCUGCAUCGUUGUGGGGAUCCCUGUCAUGCGUACGUUCUUGAUCCUUGUGACCGACCUGCCUCCCUCCAUCGCGCUGGGUGCUGAGCCUGGCGAGGCGCACAUCCUGAAGAUUCGCCCUCGCCCAAAGGACGAGCCGGUUGUGCUGAGCUGGAUGUGGUUGGCUAUGGCCAUGAACGGCACGGUUCUCACGACCGUGAUUCUCAUAGUGUACCUGAUCUCUUUGAUGCACUUUUGCGACGGCGAGGUUCUACAAGAAAACAUUUACUUGCUGGAAGGCUAUCAGACCAAGUUAAGCUUGGCGCAGACAGUCGCCUUCAUCUCCCUGGUUUGGUCUGAGAACGUCCGGGCCUACAUCUCCCGCUCUUUCACGAAACCGACGUGGCACGACCUCCUAGGCAACAGGGAGAUGCAAAAGGCCAUUGUCCUCGCACAGAUCUGCUUGUAUGGUGCUGUGUUGAUCCCAUAUCUCUCCGACAGGAUCCUAGGGCUGAGAGGUUUGGAAAUCGGGGUCUUCGGCUGGGUUUUGGCUGCUACUGGCCCUGUGGGCUGCUUCAUCCUCUCUGAGGGCUGCAAGGCCAUCACCGCUUAUCAGGCCAAGAGCUACCAGGAGUCCUUGGUCUCCGACAUCUCUGAGCCUGAAGCGAGCCUGGCAAGCUCAGCUCCUGCCAAGGGUAAGGCGAUGGAGUCGACAAAGCCCACCCAAACUCCCAACGGCACCUGCUGCUUGGCGUUUUGA